AUACAGCUUUCACUAACCACAUGGAUUUGUACAUGUUGUUUGCUGCAAAAUCCUUCUUAAGAAAUCUAAAUAAAAUAGAAAAUUGCAAUGCCUUCACUGUUUCUUCAAGCAAUUCCUCUCUGCAUUUCUCUAUCGAUGCUCACCUGAAAACCUCCGUUUCUUAUUCCAUUUCCACAAACCUAGAGUCUAAGAAAGCUUCCCAACUACUACCCGCGCGACGUCCCAACCAUAUACUCUUCAUAUAUACUGCCUCUACAGCCUCAAUGAUACGAAAACCGGAAGACCCAUUUCGAUUUUCAGUCAAAUUAGGUAUCUGAGUGUGGGUUUCAGUUGGGUCAAAAUGAGAACUUGCAUGUGGGUUCUUGCUCUUCUUUUUGUUUUUGGGUUUGCUUGGGAAGUUGGUGCUGAUCAGAAUGUGCCUACAGAGAGGAUUUCAGGAAGCGCUGGUGAUGUCUUGGAGGAUGAUCCAACUGGAAGGUUGAAAGUUUAUGUUUAUGAGCUGCCUAACAAAUACAACAAGAAAAUCCUUCAGAAAGACCCAAGAUGUCUCAACCAUAUGUUUGCUGCUGAGAUCUUCAUGCAUAGGUUCCUCUUAUCCAGCCCGGUUAGAACAUUCAAUCCUGAGGAAGCAGAUUGGUUUUAUACCCCUAUCUACACUACUUGUGACCUUACCCCCACUGGCUUGCCAUUACCCUUCAAAUCGCCGCGGAUGAUGAGAAGUGCAAUACAGCUCAUAUCUACAAACUGGCCUUAUUGGAAUCGAACGGAAGGAGCUGAUCACUUCUUUGUUGUGCCUCAUGACUUUGGAGCCUGCUUUCAUUACCAGGAAGAGAAAGCUAUUGAACGGGGUAUUCUUCCACUGCUCCAGCGUGCCACCUUGGUUCAGACCUUUGGGCAACGAAACCAUGUAUGCUUGAAGGAGGGUUCAAUCACAAUUCCUCCAUAUGCUCCACCACAAAAGAUGCAGGCCCACCUGAUUCCCCAAGAGACUCCACGGUCCAUCUUCGUCUACUUCCGUGGUCUAUUUUAUGACAUUAAUAAUGACCCUGAAGGUGGUUACUAUGCGAGAGGUGCGAGGGCAGCUGUUUGGGAGAAUUUCAAGAACAAUCCUCUGUUUGACAUCUCCACUGACCAUCCAACUACAUAUUAUGAAGACAUGCAGCGAUCUAUAUUCUGUUUAUGCCCUCUGGGUUGGGCCCCAUGGAGUCCGAGGCUAGUUGAAGCAGUGGUGUUUGGUUGCAUCCCUGUUAUUAUAGCUGAUGAUAUUGUCUUACCCUUCGCCGAUGCUAUCCCAUGGGAAGAAAUUGGAGUUUUUCUAGCUGAGGAGGAUGUCCCUAACCUGGACACAAUUCUCACUUCUAUUCCACCAGAAGUAAUCCUAAGGAAACAAAGAUUGCUUGCAAAUCCUUCGAUGAAAUGGGCGAUGAUGUUCCCGCAACCUGCACAACCAGGGGAUGCUUUCCAUCAGAUACUAAACGGUCUGGCUCGAAAGUUGCCCCAUGCUCAAAGUGUUUACUUGAAGGGUGGUCAAAAGAUUUUAAAUUGGACAGCAGGGCCAGUGGGAGACUUGAAACCAUGGUAAUGGAAGUAGUAUAUAUCUUUUUGAGCAAUGGCCUUUUGCAUUGUAUACUGUCUAGUCCCCAGUACCAAAUUGAGGAGGAUAUGCUGCUGGGCUGGACUUUACUGAAAAUGUAAAAAAAUUCUUCUUCCUUUCUGAGUUUUGUAUAGGUGCUGACAUUCAGCAGAUCCUUUCUGGAUGCAAAAUACUUGAACUGAAAAUGCAAACAUGCAUGCUUCUUCCCUA